UCGUUCCUUCGCCCAUAGCAUGCAGCUCCACACACUCUCUCUAAAACACAUUCACACUCUCUCAAAUGGAGAGCCGAGGGGACGCGGUCUCUGUUAUGGUCUGACAGAAGCUCUGCUUUCCUCCUUGCAAUCUUUCGAAAUCGCCCAUGAAUUCCCUCGCGUAAAGCGGCGCGAGCGUCCGUCCUCUUCCGUCUAAAAGGGUUAAAGAUAAGAAACCUCCUCAUCAUGAACAGCAUGAGCAGUUGCGGUUUCCUGAAUAUGGCGACGAUAGGAGAAUUCGACCCGCUCAACGCCACUAUUCCUGCUACAAAAGUUGAGAUUACAGUCUCGUGCAGAAACCUGCUUGACAGAGACACAUUUUCCAAAUCAGAUCCAAUCUGUGUGCUGUACACCCAAGGCAUUGGCAACAAAGAGUGGCGAGAGUUUGGGCGGACGGAAGUUAUUGAUAACACUUUGAACCCGGAUUUUGUGCGAAAAUUCAUAUUGGACUACUUCUUUGAAGAAAGACAGAACUUAAAGUUUGAUCUGUAUGAUGUCGACUCCAAGAGCCCCAACCUUUCAAAACAUGAUUUCCUUGGCCAGGCCUGUUGUACAUUGGGAGAGGUUGUGGGAUCAUUGGGUGGUCGUAUGGAGAAGGCUCUUGGUUUUUCCAACUCUGCUGAAAUCAGUUCUGUCCAAGAGUCUGUGAUGAUGCAAUUUUGUGGCAACAAACUGGACAAAAAGGACUUCUUUGGCAAAUCGGACCCCUUCUUAGUGUUUUAUCGCAGCAAUGAGGAUGGAACAUUUACCAUUUGCCAUAAGACAGAGGUGGUGAAGAACACGCUGAACCCUGUGUGGCAAGCCUUUAAAAUCUCCGUCAGAGCCCUGUGCAAUGGCGAUUAUGACAGAACGAUCAAGGUUGAAGUGUAUGACUGGGAUCGGGAUGGCAGUCAUGACUUCAUUGGCGAAUUCAGCACAAGCUACAGAGAACUGUCAAGAGGCCAGUCACAGUUUAACAUGUAUGAGGUCAUAAACCCCAAGAAGAAAGGCAAAAAGAAAAAAUAUCUCAACUCUGGAACUGUGACACUGCUAUCGUUUCUCGUUGAUACUGAAGUCACCUUCCUGGACUUCAUCAAAGGCGGGACUCAGAUUAAUUUCACAGUGGCGAUUGAUUUCACAGCUUCUAACGGCAACCCAGCCCAACCCACUUCCCUCCAUUACAUGAAUCCUUAUCAGCUCAACACCUACGCCAUGGCACUCAAAGCCGUGGGGGAGAUCAUACAGGACUAUGACAGCGACAAGAUGUUCCCCGCACUGGGUUUCGGAGCCAAGCUGCCUCCUGAUGGGAGAAUAUCCCAUGAGUUUGCCCUGAAUGGAAACCCUCAGAAUCCAUAUUGCAAUGGCAUUGAUGGAGUCAUGGAGGCAUAUUACCAGAGUCUAAAAUCUGUUCAGCUCUACGGUCCUACCAACUUCUCACCUGUCAUUAACCAUGUAGCCAGAUACGCUGCCUCAGUAAAGGACGGAUCACAGUACUUCAUCCUCCUCAUCAUCACGGAUGGAGUGAUAUCAGAUAUGGCCCAGACAAAGGAGUCCAUUGUCAAUGCUGCCUCUCUUCCCAUGUCAAUUAUUAUUGUUGGAGUCUUUACAAUUUAA